CCAAAUUCGUUCACAAAACAUUUGUGUCACGUAAAACAUUAGUCUUGGUAAUACUCAUUGUUUUGUGGAGUUUAAGUCUCACAACUCUGCUAAUUAAGAGACGUGACGAAGCCUGCCUGCCGCCAUGCGUGCGUUGGCGGAGCUCAUCGCCGGGGGAAUAGCGCAGUUGUUCAGUAUUUCCUUCACAUUAAUCGUCGCGAGUCUGCACUUCGCGAGGGGAGGAGAGUCGGUCCUCUAUGGAUGCGUCACUUUAUCCAUAUUCUGCCUGGCGGGAUGGAUUACUAACUGGUUUAAUUAUGCGAGGCACGAAGUCAACAGACAGGCACAGAGGCCAGCGUACAAGAGAGUGCUAAUUAUACUGCGCAAUUUUUUCCCAGGUUACAGCAUUUUGUCCUGGCACCUGGAGUGGUUGAGGUCACCUAGCAGCUGGAGUGCAGAGUACUGGGUGUCAGUCCUGAGGCUUUUCCACGGCACUUUGGGAGAUCUGCCUCAAGCGAUACUACAGACGUAUCUCAUCAUCCGCUUGUGGUGGGAAAAAAAUAUUGAAGUGUGGGACUUCAACAUGUUAAUUGUCCUGUCCUGUGUGUCUGCUUCGAUGGUCGUGUUUUCCGUCUGUAGUUAUAUCAGGAAGGAGCAUUUUGAAGAGGAGCAUCGUUGGCCGAAGAACAAAGAUUUCCUGGUGGUUGUUAUAGCCACGAUACUGAAUUUAGGUGGUCGUGUGACUUCACUAGCGAUGGUGGGAAACGUCUUCAGCGGCUGGUGGAUGACAGGAGGUUUCGCUUUUAUCUUAUCCUUCAACUAUUUCAUAAGCCUGCACAUUAGCGCCAGAGGAAAGGGCGGUGAGGGGUCAUGCGCGGAAAAGAUAUUCUACACGAUCCCAUUAGCUUCCCUCUACGCGCUGUCUAUGACGAGGAAACGAGGCCUCAUGGUGUUGAAUACAAUGCUCUGGCUCUGUUUGUCUCUACCUCAGCUAGCUUUCUAUAACGAGAGGCUUCUGCAGUGGGUUCUGUUCGGGGUGCCCUUUCUGGCGCAGAUCGUCGCUCUUUUGCUUCUCCUGUGCAAGUGGAGGGUCGUUGAAGUCGCCUUCCGGAGGUUCGAGAGGCUUGAGGAAAGGCCAGUGAAUGAAAGAAUAAGGAGAGGAAGAGAGAAAGGACAGGAGAGAGAAACGACAACAAAUGAAACUGAGGGAGAGAUAAGCCAGUUAAUAAAAAAAGAAGGAGAGAUACAAGACAGUACAUGAAAAAGAAAGAGGAAAGACAAUUAAUGAAAAAGAGAGAAAAGACAAUGGGUGGAAACGGGAGAGAGAAAAGACUUCCUAAAAAAUCUUACAAAGAAUUGGAGAAAGAAAAUAAGCGAAAAAUACACAAAACCACCACUAAAUAUGGAAAAAUCUUAUUCCAUUCAAUAAGUUGCUUAAUUUCUGACAUGUGUUCUUUUCUUGUCGAUGUUUUAGCGAGCACAUUAUAUUUGGAGAAAGAAUGCAUCCCCAUUUUACCAUUUUUAUGAGAUAUUUCCAAUGUAUAUAUGAUAUUUUCUUUUUCCUUUUAGCCCAUUCACGACGGGCAUGUCACGUACGUCAAUGCCAUGCCCACUGUGAGUUUACUUGUUUAAUUGUUUUUACACAGAUGGCUACACUUGUA